AGGCCAUAGGAAGAGAUGGGGAGGAGGAAAUAUGUUUCCUGAGGGAGGGACAUGAGAUGAAUGACAUACCUUGGAGCGGCGGUGCCGUGAAUGCGCGCUCAAGAGCGCAUGCGCAUGAAUGGCCGACGUUUGAGGAAAGUGAGCUCGACGUCGCGCCCAUAGUGCAGUCGCUCGCCUGAGAGCGAGACAUAAGUGUGCGAAUGUGAGAGAGAGCUCACGCGGAGACGGGUUGUGCACAACGAGGUGGGCGACUGAGCAUGGGCGCCGUGGGCGUUGGGCGCCGCUGUGAGCGUCAGGAUCGAGACAGGGAGCGAAUUUGUGUACAAGAACGUGAGACCGGCGGGCACGUGGACGAGACUGUCGGCACAGGGCUGCAAGCUGAGGAGGAAGCGAUGCGCGCGCUGAUUGCACGAGGAGAGGGGGUACGUCGUUGGAUAACAGCGUUGGCGGUACGCGCGUGCACAAAGACGCAACGGUCGCCAGCAUACCAUGUUGGUGGACUCGGCUGUGAAUGGGGCAAUCCGCGCGUGCGAGAGAGGAGACGCGACGCAGCAGUGCGAGCCGAGAGCCGCGCGAGGAAUGCCACACAGCGAAGGCGUCGCAACUGAUCCGAACCUCGCAGCAUCAUUGGCUGGACAAUGCAGGCCAUCUGGUGCCCAGACCCACAAGGAAAUCCGUCUCGGAAAUCUACACUCGAUUCGGCUCGGCUGGGGCCCCAUCUUUGAUCCCAUGCUCACGCAUCAUCAAGAACCUGCAUAUCACUCACCCGGGCAAUCCCAUGCCAAUGACAGAGACUCAAAGACAGUCGGAGAGUGUCCAGUGCAGGUCAAGACGAAGCGCAUCGAGAGCACGUCGGGCGCGAUUGCCACUCGGGCAGGUCACGUGUGCGCGACUGGACUGGCGAGGCGCCUGCGACGUGCGCGGUGUGCUGCAACUGGGAUUGAAGGUCUCAUACCGUGCACCCAAAGGCUGUCUUAUGGGAUCAAGGAUACCGGUCGCAGGAAGAAGAGUGCCAUGGGGACACAGGGAAUGAUACAUGAUUUAUUAUUCAAGUCAACUGCAAGUCCUCACGGACGCGGCGGGCGUUCUUCAAGAUGGUCCAGACAUCAAGUGGACGAAGUGAUGCAAGACUGGGUCAAUAACUCGAAAGAAGCACGUAUGGACAAGCUGCCGGAUAGGCUCUCCUCUAUUACUUUGUGCGAACGACGCUCGCUCAUCUGUCGAGGGUCUCAUGUCUCCACGCAAAUGAUCGCGUAA